CCUGAGCCGAUGCCUUUGUGCAUGGAUGGCCUGCUCAGGGCUGAAAGAAUCCUCCUGCCAAUCUUGCCUGGCACUCGAGUCCUCCGAGCCCUGCUUCGUGCCCUCAUCCUCCACUUCGCUUCGAUCUGUCCGCUGGCACGAUGAUAACCCACCUUUCAUCGCAGCCGUUACCGUUUUCUGGUCGUAUGCUACAUGCCAACAGCAAGCCCAUUACGCAACCUGGCGCAAAAAGCGGCGACCACGACCUCCCCUUACCUUCCGUCCUCUGCUUGGGCCAAAACUAUCCAGAUGCGCCUUCUUCCAUGCUACUAGACGCGGUUGGGCGUGAAGAGCAGAAAGCCUAAUCAGGCAGCAUCUGGAGCAGUUCCUACGGGACGAUAGUGACUCUCGGAUGAGGUGUUUAUCGCACCAUAGCACUAGAUUUACGUUUCGGCAGCAAUCUUACCGUGGCUCAUGGCUCACGGGGUCGUCGACAGGCAAAUCUGCCUCACAGGCACGACUAGCCCCGACUUUGCCACCAUUUCAACCAUGACUGCUCUCUCGCCUAUCGCAAGCUUGAAACCCCCGGAAGUCCAGGACAGACACAACAUUAGUACCGUUCCAUACUCCGCUCAUGUUCAUGGAUUGAAAGAGUCAAGAUGACCCCUGCAAAUGCAGCGGGUGAGAAAUCUGCGACUGGUUUGUGGCCCAAGGCUUGGAACUCCGCCAGCCUCAGAACUGGAGACGGAUUGGAAUGCCUGUUCCACAACCGAACUCUCACAUCACAAACCACCAAUUCCACAACUACGCGUAACUUAAGCCAUCUCCUGUCCCGAGUUUCGGUCCUCGCAGCGCCCUUAACCCCCACCACGUCUACUAUCGAUCCUUUGACCAGGAAAUGCACGACUUCUAAGCGACGGCUACCGGCCUGUUCCCGCUGUCAUUUCCGUCACGCCACUUACCAUCGAUCCUAGUUUCGCCUAUGUCCAGAAUUUCUGGUCCACGGCGCCCUCCCUGGCACCAGAUCGUACCAGCACCUCCCUUCUAGGGUUGCUAAGGGACACUGGCACCUGGCUGGCGAUGCCAAGCGCGAGUUUGGAGAGAUCGUCGAGUCCCAGAUUUAUAAAGUCUCGUGCUUUUGGUUGAUAAAAUGUGGGUAUCCGAAUAUGCUCGCUUAUGUUAGAUCGCUGGAUUCCUCAGCAAAGGUUCCUCCAGCUGGGCGAACAUGAGUACUACUUUGCAAACCCGCCUAUCUGUCAGACCAGCCUUUGUUACUUCUUCAGCUUCAGACCGUCUGCAAGCGUUCCCAGAGCCCAAUGAACAUUCCCAGCAGGUGAUGCCAUCCCAUCAUCCGCGACCUCAAACGCAUGUGGACUCUGGAAAUGGGGUCAACGGAUAUUCAACGAGCCCCCCCUCGGCGUUGAGUGGGCCGUAUCCAUUGGAGCCGUCUUUGGCAAUUUCACCGUCCUUUGAACCACCAAAUCUACAACAUCCUCCCGCACCCUUGGGAUUUUAUGCGCAGAGCGAGCAUGCCUUUCCUUCUUCAUCUGUACCCCAGUCCCGAACAUCAAUAGCACGUCCCCCAGAAACUACCCUUCCACCGCCGACCAGACAAACCCAUGGUGUUCCGCCGAUUGGACCGUCUACUAGCAGGCCGCAAGAGUCGUCACCAUAUCUAUCGAGGAGCAACAGAAGUUCAUUGUCGGAUGCGUCCACCGGUUAUGGUGGGAUUCCAGCGUUUCCUCCCGUGCAACAACAAAUGACUACAGUAUCAAGUUCAUCGGUUGAGCCCGGCGGGUAUGCGAAAAAGUGUCAGCUUCACAUUAGACAGCAUCCUAGGGCUGCGCGCGCCGGGCCUGAUGGGAAAGAUAGAAGGGCUAUUGAUCCGCCACCAAUUGUACAGCUGCUCAUGGACGAUUUCGAUCCCGAUUCAGAACAAGAUGUUGAAGAGUUGCAUAGCCAAUGGUGGGUAGUGUAUUGUUCCUUGAUCAGCGCGCAGUCUCCGGACACGAAUGUAUCGACUCUGCCCCUUAUCACGGAAGAUGGCCGGAGGGAGUUGCAGCGGUUGCUGCUGGGUACGUUGACCGCAACCCCAACUCCUACCGACGACGAUCCAGAUCCGCCAACAAUGCCUUCUCAUCCCAACACAAGGCCUCCCAGUCCGACGUCCAGAUUCUUGCCCGCGAGUUCACGGCACAAGGCUAAGUCACAGAGAGAGCCCCAUCAAAUACCGGGGACAUUCUUCAUCUUUGCCGAUCUCUCAGUCCGCAAGGCUGGGGAAUAUCGUCUACGCUUUGACCUCAUGAAACUUAGCGAUGACAAAUUUCAGGCUGGUUCAAGUGUGCCCACCACCCACAGUGUGGUCAGCGAUGUUUUCAAGGUAGUCAAUGCGAAAGACUUUGAUCAGGUCCAACCCAGCACGAAUCUGGUCAAGGGUUUACUGGAACGAGGUGCAGGCUUUCCGCUGAAGUUGAAGAAGGGCACACGAGAAGGACAAAGGCGCAAGAGGACCCGAUCCGAGUUAGACAGCGAGGAUGAUUCGAAUCAGGAGGACAACUACGACUGAACACGAGGAUUUUACGAGAAACACGACUAUCACGCUCCGCGGAGCGCAGGGUAUCGCCAGGCUGGUGCUCCCUAAUUUGUCCAGAUGCUGAAGAUUCUGAGCUAAGGCAACUCUUUGAGCAGACAGUUCGACAGCAUGUCAACGCCACGCGACACAUAUCUUCCUUCCACGGCAAGAAUGAUUAUCUCGCCUGGAAGGAUUUCUAGGGGCUAUCGGCACCGGGCCUAUCUAGAAAAUUUUGGACUUUACUAUGGUUAAUUUUUUUCGGGCCAUCAAUCACCCGAAGGAAGUUCUGCAACCACAUGUCCAAGGACCUCAUCGAGUCAUAACCACACCGAAAUGAAAAGCUUUUUGUUGAGAGGGUCGGAAAGCGCCAACUUGCGGACGACCAGACCAGAGUUGGCCAUUACGACAGAGGGGCUGGGCUGAAACGGGUCGAAAUAUUGACGGCCGAAGAUUGCUGCUGCCAGUGGUUGGCAACGCGUUCGUUCGUCCUGCCGUUUGGAUAUUGUUUGGUGGAAUUCAAUUGUCAGGUCUAGCAUUAAACUUUCGAUUAGGGUUGAGACUGGGGUGAAAGUCAAAUGUCGAAACCGAUCGAAAAGGACGGGAGCAAGUGGAGUGCUGCCACAAGACCGGGAUUCGGGAUGGUGGUGUGAUAUUAGUUUACAUGUAUCUACAUGUAGUAUCCAGGCGGACAAAAAGCUUGCUAGAACAGGCCCCCGGUCUAUAGUGACACUGUUGACAGGUGCAUAGGUAGCUGAAAACAGGAGAACCUGGUGACUACUGAACCACGAUCCCCGGGUGCCCACCCCGGCCGGUGGUGUAAAUAUCCAAGGUUGGAAAACAAGGGCCCAAACUGUACAGCCUGAGGCUGGUACCAAAAGGGCUGCGCGGGCAGUGCAUCCAAUUCGAACAUUGUCUCAAAUACAUUAUCGUCCUUGCAAACGUCUCGUGCAGCUCUGCUCCGAACAAAUAGGAUUCAAGAUACCACCUACCUUUUUGCAGGUGGUGGUCGUAUUCCGGGAUGUAUCACCGGCCACUGGC